ACUUUACUACUGAUUUAAUACCCUCACCCAAAUCGCCACAUUUAUUUUUCAAUGUGAAAUGAAGACUCUUCAACAACUCCGAGUUUUUCCAUCUUCUGCAUUAACGAUGAAAGAAAUGCAACAACGGUGCAUAAGAAAUGAUUUCCAAGGGGUGGCUACCCCUAGCCCCUUGAGAACUUUCAGCCUGAUUAUGAAUAAUAUCCAAGUGCCACGUGGAACGGAAAAAAAGGAAACGAAUCGAGGAAAAAGUCGAGCUGGACGACAAUUCUCUGCGGUAGGGGCUAUUGGUCUGACCCUUGGCGAUGCUGCCGUACAGUUUUGUCAUUCUCCAGGUGUUGGGGUUAUGUCGAUCGGUGAACUGGCAGGAGGGAUGGAAGACGAGGCUCUACGACUGCUACACGUACAUCAUGUUAUUUCUGCUGUACACCAAUGCCCUUUUCCAAACGAUCUACGUGUUCACGGGCUUCAAGAAUAUCGAUACGCUGAUUGAUGACUGUUUUAUUCUUCUCACCACUAUCAAUAGUGGAUUCAAGGCGACGAUUUUCGUGCGACAACGACAGGAGAUCGUGGAUCUGCUUCGGAUUUACCGGAGCCAAAUGUGUGUACCGAGAAACGCAGCUGAGGAGUUCAUUCGAGACAAAUACGAUCGGGUCAUUCACAAUUUGAGCUUAUAUUACAUAAGCUUCACCAUGUGCACCGUGACAUUCCAGACAUACUCUCAAUGGCGGCAAGUGGUACCUCGUGGAGAACUUAUUUACAAAACAUGGCUACCCUAUGACAAUUCGCGUCCCCUCACCUUCUGGAUAUCCCAUACACAUCAAAUGAUCUGCCAAUUCACGGAUGCCAGCGUUAGUUGCACGUACGGUGUUAUCGUUGCAGCGUUGAUGAUUCAUAUAACUGCGCAAUUUGUUAUUCUCAAACAUCGCUUUGAGAACCUAGCGGCGUCCCUGGGGUUCGGGGACGCGAAUGGUAGAGGGCUCUCGAAAGCGAGAGAGAAUGAUCAGCACGAGGAGAUCGUGAGCAUGGAGAGGGAAAAACUGACCGAGUGCAUCAAACAUCAUUUAUUUAUAUUCGAAUGCGUGGAGACCUCCAAUGACAUUUUCAGUGCUACCAUCCUAGGCCAGUACAUGGCGAGUUCAUUCAUCCUCUGCGGAACAGUCUACAAAGUAUCAAAAAUGGCUAGUUUUGAUUCUGCUUUGAUCGGCGUCCUCAUGUAUUUGGCGUGCAUGCUCUUCGAUAUAUUUUUACCGUGCUACUAUGGCCACAAGGUCACUACUGCGAGUUUCAGACUUUCCGAGGGGGUCUACAACAUGGACUGGUCGGCAUUAAAAAUACCUACGAAGAAGAGCUUGGCCCUAAUAAUGCGCAGAUGCCUGAAACCACUGAGAUUCACCAGUGGUUACGUAGUGGAGCUGUCUCUGGACUCAUUUGGUGGACUCAUCAAAACAUCCUACUCCAUAUUCAAUCUUCUGAAGCAGCAGAACAAUUGAUCUCGCAUUGACGACUAUCAAUUGUCCGCAGAACAUCAUUUAAGGAACGACACAAAGGCAUCAUCUUCUUCAAAAGUAGUCAAAAUGGUUAAACGAGUACUGGUACAGCUGUUACGAUUAUGAAUUCCUGCAAUUUUAUCUUUCAAUUAGCCAAUUUCUCAAUCGAACUUGAAAAAUUCUCCCCUAGAGGUCCGUAGCAUCGUCUGGGACAAAUAAGGUAUGAUUUAUCGGCCAUUGCUAACGCCCCUAUCGAACUUUGUGACCUUUAUUCAGAAAUUGGCUAAUUUCCAUUUUACUUAAAUGUGAUAUUGCUCCACGAAUAAUCGAUCAAUUAAUUAACUUAUUAAAAACACAGUCAAACAAAA